AUGAGUGACAAGAAAGAGGAGUUCAAAGCCGGGAUCAUGGACCGGAAACGGUCGCCCAAUCGCCUCGUCGUGGACGAAGCCCUGAACGACGACAACUCGGUCGUGGCCCUCAGCAUGGCCAAGAUGGAGGAGCUGCAGCUCUUCCGAGGGGACACGGUGCUGCUCAAGGGCAAGAAGGGUCACGAGACCGUCUGUGUCGUGCUCCAGGACGAGACCGUGGACGACCACAAUGUCCGCAUGAACAAAGUCGUGCGCAAGAAUCUGCGCGUGCGGCUGGGCGACGUCGUGGGCCUCCACACGUGUGGAGACGUGCCCUACGGCAAACGCAUCCACGUGCUGCCCAUCGACGAUACAAUCGAAGGCGUGACUGGCAACCUCUUCGACGUGUACCUCAAGCCCUACUUUGUGGAAGCCUAUCGUCCGGUGAAAAAGGGCGAUCUGUUCCUCGUCCGGCAGGCCAUGCAUCCGGUGGAAUUUAAGGUGGUGGAGACGGAACCAGGUCCUUACUGUAUCGUCGCUCCGGAUACGAUCAUCCACUGUGAAGGCGAACCCGUCCGUCGGGAAGACGAGGAGAAGAUGGACGAAGUCGGGUACGACGAUAUUGGCGGCUGUCGGCGUCAGAUGGCGCAGAUCCGCGAGAUGAUUGAGCUGCCAUUGCGUCAUCCGCAGCUGUUUAAGACACUGGGGGUGAAACCUCCUCGAGGGGUUUUGUUGUAUGGUCCCCCGGGAUCGGGCAAGACGCUGAUUGCGCGGGCUGUCGCGAACGAAACGGGCGCGUUUUUCUUCUUGAUUAAUGGCCCCGAGAUCAUGUCGAAGAUGGCCGGCGAGUCGGAAAGUAACUUGCGCAAAGCGUUUGAAGAGGCAGAAAAGAAUGCGCCUGCAAUCAUUUUUAUUGACGAGAUUGACUCGAUUGCACCCAAGCGUGAAAAGACCAAUGGCGAGGUUGAACGUCGCAUUGUGUCGCAGCUGCUGACGCUGAUGGACGGCCUGAAGCAGCGGGCGAGCGUUGUGGUGAUUGGCGCGACUAAUCGACCGAACAGUAUGGACCCUGCUCUCCGUCGGUUUGGUCGGUUUGACCGCGAGAUUGACAUCGGCGUGCCAGACGAGAACGGUCGGCUCGAGAUUUUCCGGAUUCACACGCGGAACAUGAAGCUGGACGAUGAUGUGGACCCGGAGCUUAUUGCGCGGGACACGCAGGGGUUCGUUGGGGCGGAUAUGGCUGCAUUGUGUACAGAAGCUGCGCUCCAGUGCAUCCGUGAAAAGAUGGAUGUGAUUGACAUCGAGGAUGAGACGAUUGACGCCGAGAUUCUUGAUGCCAUGUCAGUGACGCAGGCUCACUUUAAAUACGCGCUGGGCGUAUCGAAUCCGUCCUCGCUGCGUGAGACGACGGUGGAAGUACCAACGGUUACGUGGAAGGAUAUUGGUGGGCUUGAAGGCGUCAAGCGCGAGCUUCUCGAGCUGGUACAGUACCCUGUCGAGCACCCGGAGAAGUUUGAAAAGUACGGUCUGAGUCCGUCAAAGGGUGUGCUGUUCUACGGUCCACCCGGAUGCGGCAAAACGCUUCUGGCCAAGGCUGUUGCUAACGAAUGCCAGGCGAACUUUAUUUCAAUCAAGGGUCCCGAGCUGUUGACCAUGUGGUUUGGUGAAUCCGAAGCCAAUGUUCGUGAGGUGUUUGACAAGGCGCGCGGUGCCGCUCCGUGCGUGUUAUUUUUCGACGAGCUGGACUCGAUCGCUCAACAGCGGGGCAGCAGUUCUGGCGAUGCUGGCGGUGCUGGUGAUCGCGUUAUGAACCAACUAUUGACGGAAAUGGAUGGAAUGGGUGCGAAGAAGAACGUCUUUAUUAUUGGUGCCACGAAUCGUCCUGAUAUUAUUGAUCCGGCUUUGAUGCGUCCGGGCCGUCUGGAUCAGCUGAUUUUCAUUCCCAUGCCUGACUUUGAUUCGCGUCUGAGUAUUCUUCGCUCUGUGCUGCGCAAGAGCCCUGUGUCCAAGGAUGUGGACCUGAACUUCCUUGCUCAGCAAACUGACAAGUUCUCGGGUGCUGAUCUUACUGAGAUCUGCCAGCGAGCUGCCAAGUUGGCAAUCCGUGAGAGCAUUGCCCGUGACAUGGAACGCGACCGUCUCCGUGCGGAAGCUGGGGACGAAAUGGAGGAUAUUGAAGAGGACGACCCGGUACCUGAAAUUACGCCGCGCCACUUUGAGGAGGCCGUGCGCAACGCCCGCCGCUCGGUCAGCGACCGCGACUUGGCGCAGUACUCGACCUUUGCGCAGACGCUCCAACAGGCGCGUUCGCAUGUGACUGCGGGCGGAACUUCACUGGCCAACUUUUCGUUUCCUGGUCGCAACGUCAGUGCUAACACUGGCAGUGGUGCUGCUGUGGCGGCUGACGAAGAAGAUGAGGAGGAUCUUUACAGCUAA